AUGAGAGAAGUAUUGUCAUCCCUGUGCAUGGCACUUGCCGCACUGUGCUUUAUCCCAAGAUCCAACAGCGAAUAUUUAGAUAUGGAAGGAUGGACAGCCAACAAACACUGGGCUGUUGGAGAUAUCAACUGCACCCACGGACUUCGCGAGUUCAAUAAACAUACACAAAAACGAGUCUACACAGUCGGAGUACACGCUCCAGCAGGCAUUGACAAAGCAUGGAACGAAUUCAACAUGACGUUCGAGACAUACUUGACAGAAGUCGUCGGAAAGCGCUUCGAUCCACCCAUCGAGUUCAAGAUGAAGCCAUCAGAAUGGCCUUUGCUGGACUGGAUUGAUAAUGCUGAAGAUGUGGACUUUAUGUAUUCUGACACAGGUCUAUACUCCUGUAUCGGUACAGAGAUUGGAUCCCAGCCACUUGCCACGACAAUUGCGAGUCUAGAAUCAAGGGGGAACGAAUACGAACUAGACUCAUAUGGCGGUACAAUCUUGGCUUUAGCAAGCAACAAUGCAGUCAACACUAUCGAAGAUCUGAAAGACAAGGUGAUUGCAGGACAGGCCUUCUCUGUGUUUGCUGCUGGACAAUCACAGUUCUAUGUCAUGCACAAGGCUGGACUUGAUUACAUCAUGGAUCCAAAGCAAGUCAUCUUCACAGGUAAUCAUGAUGAAACGGUACAGGGCGUCCUCAGCGGGAAAUGGGACGUUGGCUUCGUUCCAUCUGGAAGAGCUGAACGCACUGUCGAUGAGGCAACCGGUGAAUACAUUGACUCUAAUCUAUUCAAGGUUAUUGAGCCGAAGAUUGCUAUAAUGAACAAUGGCGAUCUGUUCCCAUUCCUUCAUUCGACGCCGGUCUUUCCGGAGUGGCCCUUGUUUGCCAAGGAAGAAGUAGAUGGUAUCGUCUCCGAAGAAGUAGCAAUUGCCAUGAUGGAAUUUGGCGCACACAAGAGAGUUGGGACACUGAUGCAUCAAUGCAUGGAAGAUGCUGAAACUGCUAAGGAAUUGGAACUCUGCAACACGAUGCCCCCAGUAUACUUUGAUCCUGCUGCCCGCUGUGACACGACACGAGAACUGGCAGAACUAGCAUAUCAGGCUGGGACAUCUGGUCAUCAUUCUGGUAUGCGGCCGGCAAAGUCUCACUUCCAAGUGAGAACAAUGCAGCAAGAUGCAGGCUUUAUCAUCCGAGAUGACAUAAACAGCGGUUGGCACUGCGAACGAGCCUCGAAGACGUAUGACGGUAUCACAAGCAUACGAGUCGAUGUCUUUCCAUGGGACGUUUCUGUCGAUGGUGCUGUACCCAAAGACCAUGAUAGAUGUGGCAAGAUGAGUCUUUGUGGAGAGGGGGAACAAAACGAAGAUGUUGUCUUCCACGCCUACGAUAACUUGGAGCGUACGAACGUAACAGUGACAGCCUUGGUACACCUUGGCCAAGAAUCGAGAUAUCUUGAAGUGAUACAUAACGCUGGUGGAUUCAAUGAGUACGAAUUCAUUUUUUCGUAUAGAAAAAGAGGUGUCGCUAUUCUGGAAGUCUUCUUUGAUGGAGUCCAAAUCCCAGAAUCACCAUUCCGAAUCCAAGUUUCUGAAAUGAAAUGCCCAAUACGGGGAAUGGUAGCGGUGAGUGGACUAUUGCCCAUGUUUAGUAUUGAUAUCGCUCGGACACUCAUGUUUCCCGUUGCAUCACAGAGCGAAGAUGGUGUUUGUGAAUGUUCAUCCAGCGCCAUCGACAUCUUUGGGGAAUGUGUUUCGGAAGGAGUAUUUGCAGGAAUCGUCUCUGGCAUUUGUGCUUUGAUUGGCUUUAUUGUUGCGCUGUUCUACAUUGCGUACAAGAAGAAAAAGAACGACGAAGUUUGGCACGUGAACGUGGAAGAAUUACACUUUAAUCACCCAGUCGAAAUCGUCGGACAAGGCGCAUUUGGUGUCGUCUUACUGGCUGAGUAUCGUGGCACAAAAGUUGCAAUCAAGCGAGUUUUAGCGAAAAAGGACAAGAGCACGAGAAGUGGCUCUGUUGCGAGCAUAGGUAGCGUCGGUGCCCGAAGUGUAAGCGAAGAUGGCGAGCACGAAGACGUUGAGACCGGCGAAACACCUGGUACAACAAGCGGUGCUGGAGGCACAGCUAGUGGGACAACCUCAGGCUUCGGUGAUCUUGACUUCUUGGGAGGAUUCAGCUUCAAUGGAAGGAAGAGAGGGCGACUCAAUCGCUUGUUUGGACGGGGUUACAAGGAUUAUUCAGCGAAGCUCAAUUUGAGCAUCCUUGGUUCAGUGUCAGCUAAAGGCUCAACGUCGCAGGGAAUUGCCACUUGGCUGUUCCCAUCGUGCAACGAGACUGCUCGUCGUCAUGAGGAAUUCAAGGAAGAAAUGAGGCUUCUAUCAAGGCUUCGGCAUCCUUGUAUUACAACGGUGAUGGGAGCCGUGAUGAAUGGAAUCGAACCCAUGAUGGUAAUGGAAUACAUGGAAAAUGGGUCCUUGUAUGACCUUCUGCGUAACGAGUCUUUCUUCAUGGGUGGAGAAAUCAUCUUGCAAGUUGUUCGCGACAUUGCCCAGGGUCUACGUUUCUUGCAUUCUUCAAGGCCUGCGAUUCUUCACGGUGACCUGAAGGCAAAGAAUAUCCUUAUCGAUUCUAGGUUCCGUGCGAAGGUUUGCGACUUUGGAUUGGCAGUGAAGGGCAAGAACGAUCUGUCUGGAACUCUCUACUGGCUGGCACCAGAAUAUUUGCGUAGACGAUCAGAAUACAAUGCUACCUGCGACAUUUACUCAGUUGGAAUGAUUCUUUAUGAGAUUUACAGCCGCAAGACACCAUAUGAGGGAGAGCCACUCCGCAAGGUCCUGCGCAAGGUGUGCGACCCACGCAUCAACUACCGCCCAGCUGUACCUGGGACUUGCCCUAAGCGCAUGGCCGAGAUCAUGACACGGUGCUGGAGCAGUGAUGCCUCUUACCGUCAUCCAGCCAAAGACUUGGAUAUGAUCUUUGGCGAAAUGACUUCCCGUGACGCCGACCCUCUCUUGGAGGAGACCAAUACACGCGUGCGGACUGAAGUGGCGACUGGCGACAUGCUGUACAAGGUGUUCCCAAAGAAGGUUGCUGACCAGCUAAGACACGGCGAGAAGGUGGAACCUGAAAAUCACGACAAUGUUACCAUCUUCUUCAGUGAUAUUGUUCGCUUCACCGAUAUUUCUCGUGCGUUGUCUCCAGUCAAGGUGUGCAAAAUGUUGGAUCGAUUGUACCUUGCCUUCGAUAAUUUGUCUACGAAACAUGGAGUAUUCAAGGUGGAGACGAUUGGAGAUGCCUGGAUGGGGGUGACAAACUUGGAAGGAAACCAAGCCAAUUCUCAUGCCAAGCGUGUUGCCGAGUUUGCAAUCGAUGCCGUGAAAGCGGCUGGAAAGGUUUUGAUUGACGAAGACGACGCGUCUGCGGGCCAUAUCCACAUUCGCGUCGGUUUCCACAGUGGUCCAGUCGUCAGUAAUGUGAUCGGAUCGUUGAAUCCGCGGUAUGGUCUCUUUGGCGACAGUGUGAACACGUCAUCCAGAAUGGAGUCUCUGUCUGUGAGUGGUCGCAUUCAUUGUUCCGAAGCUUCAGCCAAGCUUUUGAAGGAACAAGCUCCGGACUUGCCUCUCAAGAAGCGCGGCAAGGUUGCAGUAAAGGGAAAGGGCAAUAUGGUAACUUACUGGGUAGGCAACUCUUCGGAUCCGCCCAAGACAUCGGGCCAGCACGCACCCGGUGCUUUUGAUGAUUCACGUCCAGUGGUGAACUUUAACGAGAAGCUACAAAUCCUGACAUCCCCUGCACCAAUGGCAAAAUUCUCCAUUUUACGAAAUGCAAUUACCCCGCCAACCAGGUAUAGGAUUGCAAUAAACGAUGCUUCUCGACGCACAACGAUGGCGGGAGCCACCAAGUAUUCAAGAGAUCUUGCACCACCUGUUUAUGAGCAGAAAGAGGCUGACAGUCCGGUUCGAGGUGAAAUGCGUGCAAUUGCCUAUAAACGUUCCCUGUCGCAGUAG